CAGGUUCUGAGGCGGGUCGGCAGCUCAGAGCGGCCGUCCGACGCUCCCGGCGUCAGUUGAAGGCGACGACGGACCGAGAACGGACGGCUUCACACACCCGGCGCACAUGGUUCGACCUCUGAUGAUAACACAGCUGCUGUGGCUGUCGCCGGCGCUGGCCGCCGCCGCGGUCUCCGGUCAGUCCCUCUGCCGGCCGGCCGCCCAGUGUCUGCCCGCCGAUGGCCUGCCGGGCGCCGGCCGCGCGUGCACGCUGCCGGACGGCUCGGCGGGCCGGCUGUGCCGCCUGGAGGCGCCCCGUCAGCAGCGCCGGCUCGGUCUUGGCGCGCUGGCGCCGCUGGGCAGCGCGGCGUCCGACGAGCGGCUGCAGCUGUCGGCCAGCGCCGACCAGCAGCUGGCACACCAGGCCGGCGUCAGCGCGCUGCAGCUGCUGCGCCAGGCCAACCAGCGCCUCCAGACCGCUGACGACACGUCCUCGCAGAUGAUCUUCUGGAACUCGCCGUCCAGCUCGAACGUGCUGGCGAUGGGCUACAGCGCGCUGCAGCACCUCGAGACCAUGAAGCAGAUGCAGCCGCGGAGCCUGCGCCGCCGCCGUCAGCGGCGCCAGGCGAACCUCGAGCGGAUCACCCCCCUCCGACCUGAGCAUCUGGAACUCACCCUCCUCGGAGGAGCGCAGAUGAAGGGCGUCAACGCCCUCCAGGCGCUGCUGCUCAUGAUGCGCCAGGGCCAGAGCACCAACCAGCUGCUGCGGAGGACCCGGCGCCAGGCGACCCGCACCUG